GAUAGUCUCUGCCAUUUAUUUUCGAUUCAAAACAAACUCAAAAAAUAAGGCGGCUACUCACCUCAAUCAUUCCCGCCACUGUAUAAAUUCUCUUUCUCUCUCAGAGAUUCAAUCGGAAAGCCAAAUUGAGGAGCACCGCUUCGCUAGAUAUGGUAUGGCAAACGAACUUGCCAUGAGAUCCACUAGACAGGUAAAGAGGAAGUUCAAUGAAGCUUGUAAAAAGCAAAAUGAAAGCAGAUGUGGUUCUGUGAAGAAAUCUGCAAAUGGAACUGGCAGAGGAGAUAGAAAAUCAGCAGAAUGUAAAUCUAUAAUGCUAGAUAGGAAUCCGGGGGUUUUACCAUGCAGAGUUGCUCCAUUAUCUGGUCAAACGAUGCCAAGUAGCAUAUUUGCUAUAGAGAGUGGGAGAAAUCCUCCGUCAGAUUUUCAGAUUCACCAGAAAAAUUCAUCAGCAAAGAUUAUACUGCAGCUUUUCCCCUUAAAUGAAAAUACUCGACUGGGAUUGGAAAAGGAUGGUUAUAAUCCAUUUUUGGAACUCUCUUUAAGUGCUGGGAAGAAGAUAUCAUCGGUGAUUAAGAAUGUCUUUGUUUAG